AAAAUAGAAAAAAAAAAGAGAGAAAAAAGGGUCAUCCUGGCAUUGACACCCAAAUGUAUUGAUAAGCGUUGGCUUGUCGAAAUGACAACUAUUCCCACUUCAUAGAGGGUCAUCCUGACAUUGACCACCCAAAUGUAUUGUUUUUUCAACGUUUGGGCUUUUUACUCUGCUCAGUGCUAAUGAGUUCAGUUACUGAACCGACUGGGUCCUGGAUAUGGAGGAGAGAGAAACACCACCACCACCACCAUCAAGAAACACUCUGCUCUUUGCUGUCAAUGGAGAGAGGUUUGAGCUAUUCAACGUCAACCCUUCAACCACUGUGCUUGAAUUCCUGCGUUCUCAUACCCGUUUCAAGAGUGUCAAACUCAGUUGCGGUGAAGGUGGUUGUGGUGCUUGUGUUGUUCUACUGUCAAAGUAUGACCCUGUGCUUGAACAAAUUGAAAGCUUUACAGUGAGUUCAUGCCUUACACUUCUUUGCACUAUAACUGGGUGUUCAAUUACAACAAGUGAAGGCCUUGGGAAUAGUAAAGAUGGGUUUCACCCGAUUCACGAAAGGUUGGCUGGUUUCCAUGCUUCUCAAUGUGGAUUUUGUACUCCUGGAAUGUGUGUUUCGUUGUUCUCAGCUCUGUUUAAUGCCGAAAAAACACAUCGGAGUCAGCCCCCUCCAGGAUUCUCCAAGCUGACAGUUUCCGAAGCUGAAAAGUCUAUUGCAGGAAAUCUCUGUCGCUGUACUGGCUAUCGUCCCAUUGCCGAUGCCUGCAAAAGUUUUGCAUCUGAUGUAGAUAUGGAGGAUUUGGGGAUCAAUUCUUUUUGGAAAAAAGGAGAGAGCAAGGAAGUGAAAGUAAGUAGACUACCUUUAUAUAAACCACAUGAUCAGAGUUUUAUUUUUCCUGAUUUCUUGAAAACUGAAAUUAAGUCUACAAUGAUUUUGAAUUCUGAAAGAUUUUCUUGGUACAGUCCUCUUAGUGUUAAAGAGCUUCAAAGCUUGAUGGAGUUUUUUGAGGCUGAAAAUUAUACACAAACGAAAUUAGUUUUUGGUAAUACGGGUUCAGGUUAUUACAAGGAAGUGGAAUUCUACGAAAAAUACAUUGAUCUAAGGUACAUCCCUGAACUCUCAAUGAUUAGAAUGGAUGACAUGGGAAUUGAAAUUGGAGCAACUGUGACGAUCUCUAAAGCUAUUCAAGCUUUGAAGGAAGUAUAUGAUGGUGUAUCUCAUGCAAAAGAUGAAGUAGUGUUCAGUAAAAUUGCUGAGCACAUGGAGAAGGUUGCUUCAGGCUUCAUCCGAAAUUCUGCUAGCAUAGGGGGAAAUUUGGUGAUGGCACAGAGAAACUAUUUUCCAUCAGAUAUUGCGACAGUACUUCUUGCUGCUGGUUCGAUGAUAAAUAUAAUUACAGGCUCCAAACACGAAAAGCUUACACUGGAGGAGUUCUUGAAAAGGCCUCCACUGGAUUUCAAAAGUGUACUUUUAAGUGUUGAAAUCCCAAGUUGGGAAACUGCUAGAGACAUUUGUUCUGACACUGACACUAAGUUGCUGUUUGAAACCUAUCGUGCUGCACCACGACCCCUUGGAAAUGCAUUGCCAUACUUAAAUGCUGCUUUCUUAGCUGAAGUUUCUCACUGUAAAACUUCCAAUGAAAUUACUCUAAAAAGCAUUCAGUUGGCUUUUGGUGCUUAUGGGACGAAACAUGCAAUAAGGGGAAGGGAGGUUGAGGAAUUUUUAGCUGGGAAAAUGCUAACUGUUGGUGUUCUUUAUGAAGCAAUUAAAAUAGUUAGGGCCAUUGUGGUACCUGAAGAUGGCUGUUCGAGCCCUGCUUAUAGGUCAAGCUUAGCUGUUGCUUUUCUUUUUGAGUUCCUUCACCCUUUGGUUGAUGCUUGUUCAAAUGACUGGGUGAAUGGAUAUAAACAGUUUGACCAUAUUGAAAAACCGGGAUUGCUGUUAUCAGCAAAGCAGGAGGUUGAAUCAAGAAGAGAUUACUAUCCAGUGGGUGAGCCGAUUACAAAAUCUGGUGCUGCCAACCAGGCUUCUGGUGAAGUUGUGUAUGUAGACGACAUUCCCUCUCCAACAAACUGCCUGUAUGGAGCAUUCAUUUAUAGCACAAAGCCACUGGCACGGGUAAAGGAUGUCAAAUUUAAGUCUAAGGCACUGCCGAAUGGAGUUAAUUCUGUUAUUUCUUUUAGAGAUAUCCCAAACGGUGGAGUGAAUGUAGGAUCUAAGACUAUAUUUGGAAUGGAACCAUUAUUUGCUGAGGAUCUAACCAUGUGUGCUGGCCAGCGUCUUGCUUUUGUGGUUGCUGAUACACAAAAACUUGCAGACAUGGCAGCAAAUGUUGCCAUUGUUGAUUAUGACUUUGAAAAUCUAGGACCACCAAUUUUAACUGUUGAAGAAGCUGUUGAGAGAUCUAGCUUCUUCGAGGUCCCUCCUUUCCUUUAUCCAGCACAGGUUGGUGAUAUCUCAAAAGGAAUGGCUGAAGCUGAUCACAAGAUUCUCUCUGCUGAGAUCAAACUUGGGUCACAAUACUAUUUCUAUAUGGAGACACAAACAUCCCUUGCUGUUCCGGAUGAAGACAACUGCAUGGUGGUCUACAGUUCUAUUCAGUGCCCUGAGUAUGCACAUUCUGUAAUUGCAAAAUGUCUUGGGAUUCCUGAGCAUAAUGUCCGUGUGAUUACACGAAGAGUUGGAGGCGGCUUUGGUGGCAAGGCAAUAAGAGCUAUGCCUGUUGCUACAGCAUGUGCACUUGCAGCACACAGAUUGCGCCGCCCUGUCCGGAUGUAUCUUAAUCGCAAGACUGACAUGAUAAUGGCAGGAGGAAGGCAUCCCAUGAAAAUAACAUACAGUGUAGGGUUCAAAUCCAAUGGGAAGAUCACAGCCUUACACCUUGAUAUAUUAAUAAAUGCGGGGAUGUCUGAAGAUAUAAGUCCUAUCCUGCCACUAAACAUGAUGGGUGCACUUAAAAAGUAUGACUGGGGCGCUUUAUCCUUUGAUAUGAAGAUAUGCAAGACCAACCAUUCGACUAAAUCAGCAAUGCGGGCCCCUGGAGAGGUUCAGGCAUCUUUCAUUGCUGAGUCUGUGGUAGAACAUGUUGCAUCUGUGCUUUCAAUAGAGGUGGAUUCUGUCAGGAAAAUGAAUCUCCACACAUUUGAAAGCCUUAAUGUAUUCUACAAGGGUAGUGCAGGUGAACCUCUGGAAUAUACUUUGCCUUCUAUCUGGAACAAGUUAGCCAGAUCUUCUAAUUUCAACUGGAGGGUUGAAAUGACAAAUCAGUUUAAUAUGUGUAGUAAAUGGAAGAAAAGGGGUAUUUCUCGAGUUCCUAUCACACAUGAAGUGACAUUGAGACCAACCCCAGGAAAGGUAAGCAUUCUUUCAGAUGGAUCUGUUGUUGUAGAAGUUGGAGGGAUUGAGCUGGGCCAGGGGAUAUGGACGAAGGUGAAACAGAUGACUGCAUUUGCUCUCAGUUCAGUUCAAUGUGAUGGAACCGAAAACCUCUUGGAAAAAGUAAGGGUCAUACAAUCAGAUACCUUGAGCUUAAUACAAGGGGGAUUUACUGCUGGGAGCACAACAUCUGAAUCAAGCUGUGAAGCAGUUAGACUUUGCUGCAAUAUUUUGGUGGAAAGACUAAUCCCUGUUAAGAAAAUGUUGAUGGAGCAGAUGGGUUCUGUUAAAUGGGAUGCCCUAAUUUCCCAGUCGCAUCUGCAAGCGGUGAACAUGUCAGAAAGUACUUACUAUGUUCCCGACUUAGCAUCCAUGCAAUACCUAAACUAUGGUGCUGCAGUGAGUGAGGUUGAGGUAAAUCUUCUAACUGGGGAAACCAGAAUUUUGCAAGCAGAUAUCAUCUACGACUGCGGACAGAGCAUGAAUCCUGCUGUGGAUUUAGGACAGAUUGAGGGUGCCUUUGUUCAAGGAAUUGGAUUUUUUAUGCUUGAAGAAUACCUCAUUAAUUCAGAUGGAUUGGUGGUUGUGGAUGGCACGUGGACGUACAAGAUCCCAACAAUCGACAACAUACCCAAACAAUUCAACGUUGAGAUAUUGAACAGCGGACAUCACAAAAAACGUAUUCUCUCCUCUAAAGCUUCUGGCGAGCCACCAUUACUAUUGGCAGUUUCAGUUCACUGUGCUGCAAGAGCAGCCAUCAAAGAAGCCAGAAAACAACUUCUUUCGUGGAGCAAGCUAGACGCAUCUGAUUCACCACCAUUCCAGUUGGAGGUCCCUGCUACCAUGCCGGUUGUGAAGGAGUUAUGUGGACUUGACAGUGUAGAGAGGUACUUGCAGAGCUUGCUUGCUAUCUAGCUGAUGAAACCAUUAGCUGCUUUUGUAUUUGAGUAAUCUGUUGAUUAGGGAAAUGUCCGUUUUUCGUGCAACCAUAAUGGUUAUGUUCAUUUUUUCAUAAAAUAAAUCAUAAAAUUAUAUUAAUAGAGUGAUUACCUAAGGAAUAUAUAUAAAUAUAAAUUUUAGACUCUGCACAGUUUAUAUUUGAGUAAUCUGUUGAGCAGGAAAUGAUCCCUUUUAUAUAUUUUUUUAAACCAUAAUGUUUAUGUUAAUUAUUUCAUAAAAUACAUCACAAAAUUGUAAUGAUAGUGAUUACGGUGUGUUCGGUUA